AGUAUUCAAACACUGCUGAUGCCCCUAACAUUAUUGUUCUAACAAUUUUAAGUUCUCUUUCUCAAUUCUGACGAGUGUUUUAUCGACUCGUGGCCUUUUCAACAGUCUUCUUUAUAAAGCCAUAUAAUGCGGGCGUCUGAAAACAUUCUAACACUAAUACACCUUUUGACACACUGAAAAAUGCAGAGACAACCAACUUACGAGCUCAUCAUCUGGACUUUGGUUACCUUUUCAUCUCUCUUGUGCCAAGGGUGGGCAGCCAAGUGCGCCGCUAGGGAUCAUGCUCCGACUGUGCAACAAACGAAGAUAGGAACGGGAAAUCCUCCAAAAUUCAUGGUGGAAGUGCGCAAUAACUGUCCGAUGUGCCCGAUUAUUAACGUCCAUUUGAAGUGUGGGAACUUUCCUCAAGCUCUAGUCAAUCCGAGGCUACUCAAAGUUGUUGCCUUCGAUGAUUGUGUCGUCAACGGAGCGUUGCCAUUGCAGCCUCUCCAAAAGCUCUCCUUCAACUAUACUCACAGCAAGUACUUGUUGCGCCCCAGCAUUUGGUACUUCCAGUGCGAGUAAAAUAAUCAGACCAUGCUGCUGUUUCUGCCCAGCUAGCUUACAGCAUUGCAUUGGACUUUGUCUACAAAUAUAGUUUUCAAGUCCUUUAUUUUAUUUUAUUUUCUUCAAGAUGAUUCACUGAUCCAUCAGUUGACCAAAAUGCAAACAGAAAUAUGAUUUCUAUUUGUGAGUGUGAACAGCUAGCUAUUGUCCUUAAAA